UAAUGGUGGUUCUGGCUCAAGCGAGCGAGAUGGUGGUGGCGAAAAUGGCCAUGUCCGAUGGGCUCAACAAGUACACCUUGGCCUUCUACCGUAAUGCCCUCUCCUCUCUCGUCCUCCUUCCUUGCCCCUUCAUCAUCUCUCGCAGGUCAGGGUCGUGCCCUCCUCUCACGUUCUCCGUGCUUCGCAAGAUCUUCUUGCUCGCUCUGGUCGGAUCCGUCGGGCAGAUAUGCGGGUAUGCCGGGAUCGAUUACAGCUCCCCUGUGCUGGGCACGGCCAUGAUGAACCUCAUCCCAGCUUUCACUUUCAUUCUCGCCGUCAUUUCAAGGAUGGAGAAAGUGAAUUGGAAAAGCUCGAGCAGCCAAGCUAAGCUUUUGGGAACCGUUGCGUCAAUUCUUGGUGCAUUAGUAAUCACUGUGUACAAGGGUCCGACGGUUCUCCGCUCGCCUUCGCUGCCUUCUUUUGUCCAUCCCCGUCACCUUGUCUCUCUUCUCUCACGACAAUUGAAUUGGGUUCUCGGUGGGUUUCUCCUUGCGGCUGAAGCUUUCUUGAUAUCAUUGUGGUUCAUUAUGCAGGCAUUUAUCCUAAAAGAUUACCCCGUGGUGUUGAACAUAAUGUUCUAUCUAAUGUUCUUCGCAACAAUUUUUUCCGGGCUAUUAUCCUUCAUUAUGGUGAGAGAGCCGCAGUCUUGGACUCUGAAACUCGAUGUGGGUUUGAUCGCUAUUUUAUACUCGUCUCUGGUUGCGGGUGUCUUUAGAGUCACAUUGUGCACAUGGUGCCUGAAGAAAACUGGACCUGUCUUUGUUUCCAUGUUCAAGCCCUUGGGAAUUGUAUUUGCUGUGGGAUUGGGGUUCAUAUUUCUAGGGGAAAAGUUACACCUUGGAAGCUUGAUUGGAGCAGCAGUGAUUGUGAUGGGAUUCUACGCGGUCAUGUGGGGAAAGUCCAGAGAGGAAGAGAAGAUAAUCGAGGACAGCGGUGGGGCUGAUGGGAGCCUGGCAUCCUCCAGCCAUAAGAUUCCUUUGCUCCAAAGCAAAUCGUUGAGUGCGUAGAUACUCUUGGCCAAAAGAAGA